GUUCCGGUAAGCGUGUUCUAAGCGUGGUCACUCGUGCUGUCAGAGAUUUUAUUGUAGUAAUGAAAAAUAUUGUUUGUGAUGUACAUCUAUGGAAGUUUGAAUUGUGGGACAGAAAGAGGUAGUGAGAAAAAUAAACUAAAUAAAUUAUAAUAUAGCAUGUCAGUGGCAGGAGAGACGCAGAUCGAGAAGAAAAUUCCAAUUAAGGAAAAAUUACGACUUUAUUUGAUAAAUCUAGCAAAGGACUACCAAGAAGCUACCUUAGAUCUUGUGAAAGACGCUAAAGCCAACAAAAGAAGGUCCUUCAUAACAGCAGUAGGUCUGGGUUUUGCUGUAUGCUGCUCUCUCACCAACCCUGAUGAAGAAAGCUUUCGUCGAGAUGUUAUAAUGUGUAAUCAGGACAUUAUGUUAGUAGGAAAACCAAUGCGUAAUCCAGCUUCUGUUCAGCAUAUGGAGCUCAUUGAAAGCUGCUAUAACAGGGGUUUCAUACGUAGUUUAAAUCUUGGUUUGUUUUCACUUAUAUGGGUUGACAAUAGAAGUAAAAGUUCAGCUGCUUAUAGUGCACAGUGCAGUUAUCUUCGCCCAUCAUUUUUUACAUUCCAUAAACAUGUCAUUGAUGUUGGCUUUCUUGGAAGAUGGUGGUGGCUAAAUAGUGUAAUGACUGAUUAUGACAUAAAUCCUCUAGAAUUUCCUAAGUGAUCAGUGUUUUGUUAUUUUUGUAGUCUAUGAACUUAUUAUUUUGAAACUAAUAAACACUCUGUUAGUAAAAACGUGA